CGUUCGAAGUUCUAUGUGGUUUAGGGUAUGACGCAGCAACUGAUGACUACUUGGCAGUUACUAUCAUGCCGAAUCGUAGACAUAGUUCUUCUGCUUACAUUCGCUUUUUCUCCUUCAAAACCAAUUCAUGGAACCAAUUUGAGGCUAUCAAUUUUUCGUUUUUGGUGAAGGACGAUGAUGCCUUUCCUAGAUUGGAAGCUGGGUCACUCCGAGCCGGGUUAUUCUUGAAUGGGGCUCUUCAUUGGUUGUAUCGCUAUCAUCGUGCUCGUAAGGUUUACAAAAUUAUAUCAUUUGAUUUGAUAGAAAAGAGUUUGUCAGAGAUUCCUCUGCCACAUGAAUAUGAUCUUGCCAUGAAUCAAGUGGAUAAAUAUUAUUUCAUGGUAAACGGAGGAUGUCUCAGCCUGUAUAAUUAUUGGGAGACGGAUUCGGGUGGUAUGAUGGUAGAGUUAUGGAUGAUGAAAGAAUAUAAAGUGCAGUCAUCUUGGACUAAGUUCACUGUUUUGUAUUCUUGUCUGAGUUGUUUCACGCCUAAAGUCUCAUACCUUAAACCGAUAUGCUUAACCGAAGGUGGCGGAUUUUUUGUUGGAUCACUUCUAAAAGAAGUAUUAUUGAAACUUAAUGGUGAAGGAGAGCUGCUUGAGUCUCGCGCAGAUAUUCCAAACUUCAUAAAACUUAUACCUCUCAGAGAAUUCGUUAGGUAUAGAGAGAGUCUGCUAUCACUCCCUGCUGACUUUGGGGAAUCAAGUAAAGAUGACCAAUAUGGUUUCCUUCAGGUUAUGGUGAUACUGCCUAGCGGAAAGCACAGCGUUUGGAAGAGAAUUUCAUUUAUUUGGUAUUAAAUAUUCUCGUGUCAAUGCAAAACUAGUGUAUCUUUUAAUGAUAAUUAUUGUAAGGUUGGAGUAUAAAUAGACUUAAGUAUUUAAUUAUGUCCCAACGUAGGAUUUAACAAAUCCUAGUUGGAAUUA